GACCAUUUGAGGACAGAAACAUUAUAGAGAUGUGCAGCAUCACGGCAUUGGCACAUAUAAGGGCUGCUGUUCUGUUCUUCUUGGACAUUUCGGGCUCCUGUGGAUAUAGCAUUGCCCAGCAGGCAGCACUCUUCCACAGCAUUAAGGCAUUGUUCAUGAAUAAACCACUAAUUAUUGUUUGCAAUAAGAUUGAUCUGCAGCCUCUGGAAGGGCUUUCUGAUGAUGACAUUAAGUUGGUAAUGGAGAUGAAGGCUGAGGCAAGUCAAACUGUGAUAGCCCAGGGUGAUGAGCCUAAUGAUGAGAGUGUCUUUCUGACUAUGAGUGCUUUGACUGAUGAUGGGGUAAUAGCUGUGAAGAAUGCUGCCUGUGAGAGGCUUCUGAAUCAGAGGGUAGAGAUGAAGAUGAAAUCAAAAAAGAUCAAUGAUUGUCUGAAUCGGUUUCAUGUUGCAAUUCCAAAGCCUCGUGACACUAGAGAGCGGCCUCCUUGUAUUCCUCAGGCUGUCUUGGAAGCCAGGGCAAAGGCUAAUGUGGAGAAGGAAAAGCGGAAGCUUGAGAAAGAUCUGGAAAAUGAGAAUGGUGGAGCUGGUGUUUAUUCUGCUAACCUAAGGAAGCAUUAUAUUUUGGCUAAUGAUGAGUGGAAGGAGGACAUAAUGCCAGAGAUUUUGGAUGGGCACAAUGUGUAUGAUUUUGUCGAUCCAGAUAUUUUACAGAGGUUGGAAGAGUUGGAAGGGGAAGAAGAGGGGUUUCAGCUAGAAGCAGAGGCAGAGGAAAAAUAUUUUGAGAUUGAUGGGAAAGAGCUGACCCCUGAGGAGCUAGAAGCUUUGGCUGAAAUUAGAAAGAAGAAGAGUUUGCUAAUCCAGGAGCAUAGAAUGAAGAAGAGCACUGCUGAGAGCCGUCCUGUACUGCCAAGAAAAUUUGACAAAGACAGGAAAUUCACAUCUGAGAGAAUGGGAAGGCAGUUGUCUGCUUUGGGGUUGGACCCCACUGCAGCUACUAAUCGUGCUCGGUGCAGAUCUGUCUCUAGAAGAGGUCAAAAACGUGAGAGGUCACUGGCUAGAGAAGGUGAAGAUGGAGAUGCUAUGGACAUUGAUGGCGAACAAUCCAGCAAGAAACUGCGGACAAGGUCGAGAUCAAGGUCCAAGUCAAGGUCAAAAUCACAACCACCUGGUGAAGUCACACCUGGAGAAGGAUUCAGGAACUCUUCUCAGAAACUGAAGGCACUUAAGAUAGCAAAGAAAUCUGUGAAGAUCAGGAAUAAGACUGCUCGCCGGGGAGAGGCUGAUAGAGUCAUUCCUAACUUGAAGCCGAAGCAUUUAUUCUCUGGGAAACGUUCAAUUGGAAAGACUAGCAGGCGGUAGAGGUGCUCAUUUCCAUUGCAAUUUUGCAACGUAGAAUCCUGUUACAAAGCAAAAUGAGUGUGUUUACUGAUUCUGGAGGACAAUAUCUAUAUUUAAGGGACUCUUUGAUACGGUUGAGGUGGGUUUUUUAGCAUCCAAAGAUUGUAGAGUGGAUGCUUUCCUUUUUGUCUUCUUUUCUUUUUCAAAAGGAAAAACAAUCAUGAUGCUUGCUCUCUGGUACUUCGUCUUAUGACUCCUUUAUAUCAAGGUUACUGUCUAGAUCUUUUACUUGAAUGGAAAGUUUUAAUCAAAGUUAAAACAGUCGGUUAUCAUUAUGAUGGUCGAUGUAGAUUAUCAGUCUGGUUAGCAUGUUCAUAGUGAUAUAUGUUUUGAGUAUUGGUGGCUUUUGCAGACAGAUACCUUACAGUCGUUUGCAGUUGGCCUUUUCUAUUAUGGUGUAAAAUCGAGGAUUUUGAUAUCCUGCUUUCUUGAUUCUUUCUGGAUUGUUGUAAUGUUAUCACUGAAGCAACCAAAAAAAAUAAGAAGAAGAAGGUUUUAUCUAUUAAUUGACAUUUUUCUUGGGAAACAACUAAACAAUGAAUAAAAUGGUGGUAUCAGUUCCAUCC